AUGGCUGCGGAAACGCUGAUACUCCUUGCUGUGCAGCUGGCGUUGGCCAGUGCCGGGAAGUGUACCACGGGAUUCUCAGUAGUGGCUCCAGAGGUCGCUGUGCCUGGAAAGACGACAGCUGUACUAGUGACCCUUCAUGGCAGAGCUGGUGAUGAAACUCUGGAUCCACUGAACGUCACCGUCAGGUUGGAGACUCAAGAUGAUGACAACGAUGUCAAACUGCUGACUACUGCCAGCCAGAUGAUUACUGGUUACGGCAUCAUUCCUCUCAAGAUACCGUCGUCCCCAGCGACUCACUGCACGCUUCACACGACAGUCGGCUGCGUGGGGAACGACGACUGCACUGCGAAGAGCCACAGCGUCAUCCGACUUCUGGGACCUGUGAGAGAUGUCAUCGUGCGACCUGCCAGGCAUUACUAUCGACCUGGCGAAACAAUAACUUUCUGGAUCCUGGCUCUCGACCACGAUCUCAGAUUAGUUCGGGGCGAAUUAGCGUAUGUUGCGCUGAGUGACCCCGCAGGCACCAAAGUGGCGAUAUGGGAGGAACUGUCUAUGGAUGAAGGUGUUCGCAAACUCAGCGCAAUUCUAGCGACUGGCGCUCGUUCAGGCACGUGGCGUAUCGAAGCUCAUUGUGGUGGGGGAUCAGCUCGGGUAGACCUGACGGUUGGGUCUGGAUCUGUGGGCUCUGCAGCAGCAGCGCCGGCGGCUGAGCAGCACUAUGUGGAACUGAGGUUCGCUGACAGCAUGAGGAGACGGUACAAGCCUGGACUGCCUUUUGUUGGACGGGUUGAAGCAAUGAGUACUGAGAAGCGAGUCCGUGUUCGAGUGAAGUUGUAUGACGACAAAACAGACAUUUAUAGUCAAGAUAUUGACAUGUCUACUGGAGAAGGUGGCUUCAUCGUUCCAACUGUGAUGGCGAAUGCUCCAUAUGUUAAUCUGCAGGCGGAGUUAGUAGCUGUGGAAGGGAAAGAGAUAGAAACUCACUACGUCCUAGCCCGGGAAAGAAUCCGAAGAUGGAAUUCAACGUCAAAAUGCUAUCUACUAGUCGAGAACUUGCCCACGCCGCUGCAGGCUGGAGGCAUAGCAAGUGCAAGCGUGUGGUCAUCGUGCGGCUGUCGCCAAAGGUUGCUCGCAGCAGUCACCAGCGGCGGUAGAGCAGUCCACUGGGCCGCGGUACCAGCCCCGAGCCCCGCCAACGACUCGGAUUUGUGCAGAUUUAACUACACGUUCCCUGUAACAGCAGAUAUGGCGCCUGUCAGUUCUCUGCUCGUGUACUACGUCACCGAAGCAGGCGAACCCGUGAGUGACGUUGCUAGCUUCCACGUCCGUCUAUUGCAUAAAGAGUGCCUCGAAGAGCUUAUAGGCUACAUUUAUGAUUAA